UAGGUCGAUUUAUAUGCGACCAUUUUCUGAAACAAAUUAUGUUGUUAAUUUGCUGUAAUUCAUGGAUGUAAUUUGUCCCGUAAGACUUCUUCGGAAGAAUUCGGUAGAAUUUUCUGUAGUGAAGGCUGAAUUUUUACUGAAUUGAUUUGGUUGUAUGUGUUUAUUGAAUGUUCUGAAGGUUGGGUAAAAUUAUAAUGUUAAAUUUGAUUUAAACUGAUCAAGGAAGUAGAAAGGAGGGAUUUUGGAAAGGUGAAUUAGGAGAGUGAGCUGUGAAGAUGGAAAACAGAGGUGAUCCUGAGCAGCAGAAACAGAAUAAUGCAUCAUUUGUUGUGAAAAUACCUUCAUAUGAAGAGGUGGUUGAGAGCUCCCAACCUAAGUCGCAAUCUUUAUUCAAGCCUUCCUCCUCCUUUUCGCAAGCUUUCAAUUUUAUCAAAAACACUGAAUUUUACACCACCCCGCCGUCUGCACCAGUGGCUCAGUCCUCCAAAGAUGCCCCUUCAUCCUCUCAAGGAUCUUAUCCAAGGCAAACCAUUCAAUCUGAAGCUCCUUCCACUUCAGUUUCACCAGCUGGUGCAAAUCGGAAUGCCAUCAUCGUUAGCCAUAGACAGAAGGGCAACCCUUUGCUAAAGCAUAUAAGGAAUGUUCGAUGGGUUUUCGCUGAUGUUGUUUGCGACUACUUGUUGGGCCAAAAUACUUGUGCGCUUUAUUUGAGGUUUGAAGUCAAGUACAGUUUCAUCGAUGUUUAUAUGUUGGGAAUCAAGUACAUUUCCUAUGGCAUGUUUUGACAGCACUCUUAUUCCGAUGUAGCCACUAUUAUGAUCAUAGAAACAUGUGUUUUGGCACAGGCUCUUGAGAUAACAAUAUCUUGACACCAUCAUAUUGAAAUACACCUAUUUGA